AUGCUGCAUCCCAUCCUUGAUAUCAGUAGUGUUAAUGUUGUCCUUACUUUGUCAGGUAUAUAUAUUUUGGUUUUUGGUUUCAUUGCUGUGAAGAUCAAGCAAAGAUGGUACCUCGGUGAAGCCUUGCCAUCUUUUAUUGUUGGGGCCGUGUUGGGACCCUUUUGUGCCAAAUUCGUUGACGUGAGCCAGUGGGGCGGAGACUCUGGAAAUGACACCGGUGAUAUUGCAUACGCUCUGAGUCGCCUCGUCAUUGGAAUAGCCAUGGUCAAAGUCGGCUAUGAGUUGCCAAAACGCUAUCUACGACUACGCCUUGUCGAGCUGACAAUCUGCCUGCUGCCAUUGAUGACAAUUCAGUGGCUUAUGACUUCGGCAUGCAUCAAAUUGAUGAUUCCUCACCUAUCGUUUUUGACAUCCCUCAUAAUCGGAUCGUGUGUCAUAUGUAUAGAUCCGGUCCUCUCACAGGCCAUCGCAAAAGGUCCAUUUGCGGACCAAUACGUUCGUCGACACCUUCGAGAGUUUAUCUCUGCAGAAGCUGGAGGAAAUGAUGGGUUUGGAUUUCCAUUCCUACUACUCUCGAUCGCGCUUCUCCGUUACGACGAUGCGCCAAAUGUCAUAACCACACCAGCGGGUGGGUCAAACCAUACAAGAGAUUGGAUUGGCGAGCCGGAUAUAGGGCGGCUUGGCGGCAAUGCUGGUCGCGCCUUGGCUCAUUGGGCCGUUGAGGGGGUUCUAUAUAUGCUGGUCAUGGGAGCUGGGUAUGGUGUUUUGGUAGGAUUUCUGAGUCGCAAAGCCUUGAACCUGGCUUCUGAGAGACGUUGGGUAGAUAAAGAGAGCUUCUUUUCAUACCCAGUCGCUAUUGGCUUAUUUAUCGUUGGCACAUGUGGCUGCUUUGGGUCGGACGAGACUCUCGCCUGUUUUGUUGCUGGCUGCGCGCUGAACUGGGAUGGAAGUUACCAUUUUGAAGUCGAAGAAAGACACGACUCCUUCAAUGCAACCAUCGAAAACAUCUUGAAUAUUGGAACAUUUAUGUUUCUUGGUGCGAUAAUGCCCUGGAAUCAACUCCACAUGCCCAGCGAGACUGGAAUCACUAUCUCUCGGUUAAUUGGCCUCGGAGUUUUGAUUUUAGUCUUCCGUCGUAUUCCAGCGAUCAUGAUGGGCUAUCGUUUCAUGCCCAAAGUCUGCAACGAUUGGAAGGAGGCCUUGUUUAUGGGAUAUUUCGGUCCGAUAGGCGUUGGAGCGAUUUCAUACGUUGAAUAUGCUCGAAGACUAUUGCCCGAUCCUGGAGAAAGUGAUCGAGAGAUCAACAACCUGACCGCAGCGAUGAUUCCAGUGAAGAUCGUUCUCCUUUCUGAGAGUGAGCCCGUUCCGAACAACAGUGUUGUGAAUCGCCGCGGCCACUCUGUUGUGCUGAACAACCGGUUUUCCAGCAUCUCAAAUGAGCCAUUCCGCGCCGACAAUGGAUCUCAUUUCCGUGAGGGCUCGGACACAAUUGUUUUAUGCUGGAGUGGGGAUACCAACUGUACCGGCUCGUUGGAACGCGUGUUGACCAAAACAUCCUCGCAAGAGCUCGAAGAAACUAUGCAUGUGUGA